AUGGGGUGGAAGCCGACCAAGGUGACGGCAGUCGACGAUGCCAUCGCCAGGCACAACGCGGCCACAUGUAUUCAGCAGUGGUACCGCUGCCGCCGCAGCGUUCCGUUUCACAGGCUCACGCUCACUUUGCUCGGCCUCAUCAAACAGCUCGAUCGCGACCUGGUGUUGUUUUGGAAGCUCCUGCACGAAGGGUUGACUGUGUUCAAGUACAAUUACACGGGCAAGGUGAAGUCGAGGCGCAUCCUGUGCUUCAGCCCAGUCGUGGGCAAGCCGAUGACGAGCAGCGUGCGCUACCUCUUCCGCGCGUCCACGCGGCUCCUCCCGACAGAAAAGGGCUUGUACUUGGCCGACAUUGCCGAGGUGCGACCGGGGCUAGCCACGUACUCCUUCAGUCAAUCGCCAUUGCUUCCGAUCGCCGACAAGUGCUUUUCCAUCAUCGGGUCGGAGCGCACGCUGAGUUUAGAAAUGCCAUCCCGCAAUGCUCGAGAUCAAGCCGUGAGUCGAUUUCGCGUUCUCGUGGAUGUGCUCCAAGGGCCGGAAUGUAUCCUGGCAUCGCGCGAAUGGAUGACGCCGACCGUCGCAGGGAAGCCCCUGCCGCCGUCCAAAAUUGAAAACGUCUACGCGAGCUUGCUCGCCGGAGUGCACGUCCUCCGGCACUCCAACAAGGUCCGUGCGGUGGACCACAUCCUUUGGGUGGACCUGACGACGCAAACGCUCCAUUGCGGGACCACCAAACAACCGCCGUUGGCCAGAGGCGUAGCCCUCACCGACAUCACGGAGAUUCGUAAAGGCGUCAAUAGCCACGGGUUUUCUAUCGCCGCCGAGCCGCCCAUCGCCGAGUGCUUUUCAGUCAUCGGAAGCGAACGGACGCUAGACUGCCAAGUCCAUAGUGUAUCCGUGCGAGAUACCAUUUGCUUGGCGCUGCAAUAUAUGCUCAUCGACUGCGCCACCGCGACUCCCCACGUCCAGCUCCAACGACAAGCACAGUAUGCCCGGCAGCCGCCGACUGCGCUCGGCUACAGCCUUGCGCUGCAGCUGUGA